AUGGCAUUCUCCGGCAGCAGUGUAAGCAUACCUCAACAAAACCAGUCUAUAAGUGACUUCGAGCAACCUCAAUCACAAACAGAGCAGCAGCACCAGCAGCAACAUUCACAACAGACAUUCGGCAGCAAUGAUCUACAAGCGACUUUCGCCUCGUCCCGGGUUCCAGCCGCGAAUCCUCCUUUUGAAGUAGACCGCCGGUCUUCGGCCUCAACACAAGGGCAAGGUCCUCAUUCAUGGCAAAAUUCUCCUGCCAGCAAUCAGGCAGAAGGAUUAGCGUCACCAAUAAGCUCCGUCAUCUCACCACAUAAUAACACAAAUUCACCGAAACUCCCACCGAUUGAUCCUCUGGUUUUCGAUUCCGCAAGUGAAACGAAACCAUCUUUACCAAUCGAGGCGAUAGAAUCUCCAAAGCGACGUAGGGGGCGACCGAGGAUUUCCGAGGAUGCUGGACCAGAUGUUGUCGCACCAAAGACAGGCGCGGAAGCACGGCAGAAAGGCAGCACCCGACGAGCCUCAAACACAUCAACGAGCGGCGCCAUCGACACAGGGGACAAACGCAGCGGCGCCGAAGCCAAGAAGAACAAGAUCCGAGCACGGAAUCGGGAGGCAGCUUACAAGUGCAGAAAGAAGAAGCAAAAGGGAGUCGAGGAGCUACAAACCCAGGAGGCGAUGGCCGAAAACAUCAACAAGAACCUCAACGACGAGGCUGCGUUGCUCCGAGGCGAGAUCCUCAUGUUGAAGACCAUGGUGCUUCAACACGGUAGCUGUGGGUGCUCUUUUAUCGAGGAGUACAUUUCUGGCGCGGCCCAAAACUUGGUAUCAUCGAGCAUGGCCGGGGGCGCUUCGGCACCGGCGUCUGGCGGAGGAGGGAUGCAAAUGGAUAACCUACCAUGUCCAAACGGUACGAAUGAAGGGGAAUCAUACGUCGACUGGAAGAUGUUCGACGCGGAUACGGAACAAGGAGUCCCCUCGAUGGGCGCAGAACACAGCUAA